GGGGGAGGGCCGGGCGCCCGGAUGUCGAUCAAAAUGAGCGAGCCCCAGCCCUGCGCUGGCCGCCCGGGCGGGGGGAGCCGCAGCGCGGCGGCACCGGGCUCCGGCGGGGAGGCGGCCGGCACAUGGGCCCGCGGGCUUUGGCAGCGGGGUAGAGCCUGGACAGCUGCGGACGGAGCUCAUGGAUAGAGGACGUUUGGCAGGAUAACCCCGCGAUGGCUGCCCAGUCGAGCUUGUGCAAUGAGGACAGAAACUUGCUGCGGAUUCGAGAGAAAGAGAGACGGAGUCAGGAGGUUCUGGAAGACAAAAAACAGUUCUCUGAGAAAACUCCCCUCUUUGCAGAACCCUACAAGACUAAUAAAGGAGAUGAGUUGUCAAGCCGAAUUCAGAACAUGUUGGGCAAUUAUGAGGAGGUCAAGGAGUUCAUGAGCAACAAAUCUUGUCAAAACCUUAUAGGGAUUCCAAAGAGCGUUGCCCCUCAGUUUCCCCCCGGACAGCCUGAUCGCCCGUACUUCCCUGAGAAGGCCAUCCGUACAUUGCCAUCUUCAUUCCAGCACCUGACCCGCUGUCCGCCCGUGGGACCCAUGCUUGUACCCUCUCGUCCUCCAAGCCACUCCAGUCAUUACCAAAAGGCACAGUCAGGAGCAGAACCAGCUUCAGGUUUGCACAGCAAGGGCCGCAGCUUACCCAGCGCUCGCAGCCACGGUCAGGAGCACGGCCGUGGUGGCCGGGACACUCAGGCAGGUUUUCCCCACAGCCACAAAGGCAAGCCUGGGAGCGGGGAAGGUCGUGCUCAUGGUCUGCAGGCCUCCCCUCUGGCACUUUCCCCGUUCCUGCCGUGUUUGUUGUCUUCUCCCGUGGCACCCCUGUCACCUCUACAUUCCAGCCAGCAUGUCAAUUCCAGGUCACAGAACAGCAGCAGAAGUCAUGGGUCAACCUACAGUCAAACCAAAUCAUUACAGGACUUAGUGACAGGAUCACAGGAGAAGGAAAGUCGGGACAGCCCAGCCGUUACCUUGACCAGCACCACUCAGCCUUCCUCUCAGACUUUUCCCCCUUCUUUGACAUCAAAAGCCAGUGCAAUGCAGCAGAAACCAACUGCCUAUGUCAGACCCAUGGAUGGCCAAGAUCAGGCAUCAUUUGAAUCCCUGGAGCUCAAACCUCUCCUGGAGGAAUACCAUGAAGGACCCAAUGAAGAUGUCUCGGAUUUGAAGGCAAAAGUUAAAGCUGAACUGUCCAAGUUGGAAACCCCUUCUGAGCCCAAGGAAGAGACUGAUGAUGAUCUCUCAGAUUUGAAGGCAAAAGCCAAAGCAGAACUGUCCAAAUUCGAAACCCCUUCUGAGCCCAUAGAGCAAACCAACCCCAUUGAUGUGCAGUCCAUUGAAGAAAUUUUGAGGGAAAUGACCCGCUCUUGGCCACCUCCCCUGACAGCUCUUAAUACACCUACUAAAGCAGAACCUUCCAAAUUUCCAUUCCCAGCAAAGGAAUUGCAACCUGAAGGAUCUGUAGCAAAGGAUCAGAAGCACUAUGGACCGCCUUCAGAAAUGUUGCCAGGUUCUCAGUCAAGAACAUCAAUGCUCCAGGACGACCUGCAGCUCAGUGAUAGUGAAGAGAGUGGUGACGAUCAAGUUGUUGAAAAGUCACCUUCUUCACUUGCUCCUCCAAGUUCCUUACAGUCCCAGCCCAAGAGCGUGGCAUCAGCACAUUCCAGCAGCUCAGAGUCAGGGAGCACCAGUGACUCAGACAGCUCCUCAGACUCGGAGACAGAGAGCCACUCGAGUGACAGUGACACCAGCGACCCUCCCAGAGCACCAGCACCUGAGCCCGAGCCACCAACUUCUAAUAAGUGGCAGCUGGACAACUGGCUGACCAAGGUGAACCCACCAGCAGUGCCAACAGAGAGCCCCAGUGACAUUGCCCAAGGGGGUGGAUGUGAGGAGGUCAAGAAGCAGGAGCAGGGCAUCAGCAGCAAUUCCUCCCAGCAGCACGCUGAGCUGAGGGAGCCUCCUCACAAGAGCCAGGUGGCCAGGGCUCCCCAGGAGGCUCCUCCGACCAAACGCAGCUUCCAGAGGGCUCCUGCGCACGCUGAGCAGCCCUCGCCCAGGCAGACUGUGGGCAUCAAAAGGCCCAGCAAGCCCCUGGUGCACGAGGGGCCCAGGAGUGGCCUGAAGAUGGAGAGUGAGCCUGGUCCUUUGGAGGUCGCAGAUCAGUCUUUCAGGGACAAGCCAAAAGUCAAAAAAACUGUGAAGACAAAAUCCAAUGACAGAAAAGACCCAAAACCAGGACUUCAAGAGCCCUCUGAGAAAAAAAAGGACAAGGGCUCCUACCAGGCCAAGGCCAAACCUUUCUUGGAGCCCAGGCUCAUGGGAGAUGCCCAGGCACGCGAUGGCCAGGGCACAGCUCCCAUCAGGACCAGCAGCCACAGGCCUCAGGAUUUGCACAAGGAGAAAUUGCCCUUGCCUCUCGGAGAGAAGUUGCUCUCACCAGUGAGGGAUCCCCCAACCCGUGAGCACCUCGUGGUGAAAAUAGAUCUCUGUCACCUGGAAAAAGUCCCUCAGCCCCCCAGGAAAAAUGGGCACCAGAGGAAAGCAGAGACCAAGGACCUUCCUGAUGUGAGGAAGCAAGACUUGAAGAGGAAAGCCACGGGUACUCCUGAGGACUCCCUUGCAAAGAAGAAGAGGGGAGAGAAGGAGGAGACUGAUAAGAAGAAAAUGAAAUCUGAAAAAAAACCCAAAUCAUUGCAGUCUUCAGCUAAAGAAGACUCCAGUAAAUUGAAAGCAUCAAAAGCUUCAUCUGAAACCCAGAAGAAAGAUGUGCUCCCACCACUGCCAUCCAUGUCUGCUGCACAACCUGCCCCAAAGUCAGCCAAGAUGUCCCAAAAGAGACCCAGAAAUGAGACUGAUGAGCUGCAGGCCAUGGACAACCCUGCCAAGAACAAGAGCAACCACAAGGAUCCUUUGUUUGCCAAGCACAGGAGAGUGGAGGGAAAUCAUAUGGAACUGUCAAAGGGUAUCAAAGGAUCUGCAGGUGAUGUCACAAAGCCUUUCCCAGUGCCUUCUAUGCCAAAUGGUACCUCUAAGCCAAGGAGACCUCUGCUCAAGUUUGAAAAGCAACAUUCAAAGGAAUACUACAUUGAACAGGCCCAGAGGCUGAAGCACAAAGCCGAUGCAAUGACUGACAAGACUGGAAAGGCCUUUCAGUACCUGGAGGCUGCCCUUCUAUUCAUUGAAUACGGGAUUGCCUUGGAAUCAGAUGUGCCGGAACCCAAAUCAGCUUACAGCAUAUUCAGUGACACCAUAGUUCUCAUCAAAUUCAUUAUGACUUUGAAACCAUUUGCAGACUCCUCAGUCUCUUCACACGGAAAAAUCUUUGCUGUGUUACGCAUGCGCUGCCAGUCCAUUCUGCACAUGGCAAUGUUUGGUUACAAAAAGGACACUGCAAUGAGGUAUUCCAGACUCCUGAAUGACCACUUCAAGAGUAAUUUCAGAGCACCUUCUCCAGGUGUUGCAAGAAGCACAGGCUUGCCUUCUCCUCUUUCUCCAAUACCCUCUCCUGCUGGAUCUGUGAGUUCUCAGCUGGGAUCAAAUGAUAGCAAUGGCGUUGGCCACAGCAGCAUUGGCAACAGCACUGGCUCUACUGUCACUGUCUCCUCCCAUAUCUCCAGUGUCACCUCUUCCUAUGUCAACAUCACCUCCUAUAUCCUCCAUGCAUAUGAAAUUUGGGAAAAGGCUGAUGCACUGGCCAGAAAGAAUAAAGAGUUUUUUGCUGAGCUCAGCAGAGCGACGAGUGCUCUGGCACUGACCAGUAGCCUGACAGACCUGGUACACUACAUCAGACAGGGAUUACAGUGGCUGAGACUGGAAGCAAAUAUGCCUUAACUGGUUCUCCAGGUCGUUAAAUACCUUGAAGUUUUUUUGCACUUUUGAAGCCUCAGAAACAGUUUAAUUUUUGUUUUAAUUGUUCAAUACAAAGCACCUGCAAGGGAAAAUAUUUUAAAUAAAGUUGGAAGUUAUCUGGCUACACUGGAAAACCCUUGAACUGUGUUUUUCUAGGGUAGCACUUUGCUACCUUGAAAAAGAAGAGACAGAGGAUGGCACCUUCCUUUAAAAUGAUGAAGUGCAAUGAAUUGUCUGAAUGGCCCGAUGUAUUGAUGGUCUAUAAACAUUUCUUUUACAAAUAACCAGCAGGACAAUAAUUGCACACGAUGCUGACAAGAAGGAAAUCUGCCUCCAGAGGUGGUUAUGCAACAUCCCACAGUCUGCAGCAGUUGUGUGCCCAGACAACAUGCUAGAGGAGCUGCUUCUGCAAGCACAGAUGCAAUCAUUGGUGUCUUUGUUCCUCAGAGAGCAAGUAGCAACUUCAUCAAGCACCGAACAGCGUUAUGUUACAGGAAAAGCAGCAAAAGGAUCUGCUCUGCCUGCUUUCCAACCUCACCCUCCUGCUUUUGUCAGCCAGCUGACAAAACUGAGGAAGCCACUGCCUUCAGUGCUGCAAGUUUUCUUUUCAAGUCGUCACUGCUUUGGUCCUCCUUGCUGUGCUGCCAUGCACAUCCAUGCCCCUGGCACUCCAGCUGUGUUACUGAAGGGCUGGCUCAGCUCUAGCCUUGAAAGUCAAACAUAGUUGGGGUGGCAAAACGACGUGGUGUGUUUGAAAUAGCUCUGCCUCCUUGCUGAGAGAUGUCACCAUCAGGAUUCUUUGUGGGGCUGAUGUUUUGUCAUUCUUGUGGGUGGGGGUGGAAAGCUGCACUGGUUCACUGUGAUUUCUUGGACAUUGUUCUAAGAGCUUCCAUGAGAGGAAAUUGCUUCUGGUAAAGGAGGAAUUAAGUGGCUGAAUGUGGAACAUAAGAUAAAUUUUGCAUUUGGAUAUUUGCCUGAAACCAUUGAGGGUCUUGGUGAAUAUCUAAGAGCAGGAUUUGUACGAAAGUAGGAUCUUCUUCAUUUGGGAGACAACUCCUCUGUUCUCUCAGCUGUGCUAUAGGAUGGGCCCAGUGACUUAGAAACCUGUCAAGGGGACAAGAAAGGGAAUAAUGAGCUGUUUCUAAGCAUUAUUUUCCUCAUCACAGUAUCAGUGAAGGCAGCACCCAUGGCAUUUGUGUAUUCAAUGAGAUGACACCCAUCUCUACCCAAAAAUUCCUUGUGGUGUGACAGCAGCAUCCUGCCAUCCUCAUACGCAAUAGUGUGCCUUAGCCCGCUGGUCCCCUGUCACAUCCCUCGGCCUCUCUAUCACAGACCCCUGGGACUGGAGAAGAGAAGGAUGGUAUCCCAAAAUAAUUGUGUUUAGCAGAAAGAAUUAGCUCCCUUUUCCACAUAAUUUCACAAUUAGGGAGGAGCAGUUCUGCAGAUGUGCAGAAGUACCCACUUUGUAGAAUACCUGAUCAUGGGUUUGAGGCUCAUGAAAAUGGACAGUGAAUAAAUACCAGCAAAAGUUUUGCAUUUCCAAAAGUAGAAGUGGCUCCUGCCACGGGGAAGCCUGGGCUCUUCUUGACUCUGGGAGGAGAUGAUGGGAGCGUGCUGGUCCCGAGCACAGGGGAGCUCUCCUGUCACCUUCCUGGUGUUCCUGGCAGCACAGGAACACCAGGAUCAUGGCUGCGCCUUUUGCAACUUGAAGGGAUUGGCCUUUUUCAUUCACUUUGUUAAAACCUCAGAGCAAUUCAGGGAUGAGCUGUCCUGACAAGUGGAAGGAAGAUCCAUGGCCCUCCUCCCCAUUUUACCUAUCAAGCUUUGCUUGCACUCCUCUCCCCUGGAGCAGGGUCAGAGAAGGGCUCAGCAUUAACUGUUUUGUUCUCAGGAAGCGUGGGGAUGGGCAGCCAGCCUGGAGUCUGAUGUGCACUUUGGAACUUGAUCCCAGGCUGGUGGAUCGAUGCCACCUUUGGACUUUGUCUUCAGACAAAGCUAUUUCUAGGAUCAUCAGCUGAGGAGGAGGAGGAAAGAUGAAAGCUUUAUUGAACUUGGAAACCACUGUGGGAGCCUGCAGGAACCAUAGCAGAGUGUGAGGGGAAAGCAUAAGGGGCACCAGAGGCAGGAGUGUCCUGGUACUUUCCUUCUCUGUGCAUCCAUGUCCCUCCCUGCUGCCAGGAGAGCUGCUUGCUGCUGUGCAGAAGUGGUUGUGUGAGGGCUGCCCCCAUUCCCAGGACCAGCUCCCCUGGGCUUUGAGGGAAAGAACAUCACAGGCAGUUUGUGUCACAGGCAUGGGGGGACUCUUUGGGGGCUCUCAGUUGGAAAGCAGUCUGUGGGAGCAUCACUCCCAAGCUCCACAGCAGGAAGUUAGGUUUUGUUUCAGGACACAGAGAAAGACUGUUCAAAUAAUAGGAAAAUUUAAAAAAAGCCAUCAUAUUUCAACCUUGAGCCAGGUCAGAGGCCUGCAGAGGGUUUGGAAGGAAGCUUAUAAUUUUCACCUGGGCCUAUUCAGGCCUUUAAAAAAAACAAACAGAAAUUAAAUAGAAACAAAUCAAAAUGUAGCAGUGGAGGAAAUAGCAUUUGCCAUUCAGAAGCAAACCAUUAAUCCAAGGAAAACCAGGGGUGAUUGUUUAAUCCCAGAAAGAAUGGAGGCAGCUAUGGUGGCAAAGCAGCAUCAUUUCCACGCAAUAUUUAUUUAAAAGAAAUAAUAAUACAUGCGUUGAAAUUGUCAAAUAUUCUAUUUUUAAGAUGCCAUUUAUUUAAUAGUUGAAAACCCCACUUACAUGGAGAUAGAGAUCUCUUGUGUAACUGAAAGUCAAAGUCUGACUGCAAUGUCGUUGUUUUUGGUUUUGUCCUCUCCCCUCCCUCUUGGUUUUCACGAUAAAUCUGUGCAUCUUAUUUUGGGGAUGUAUGUCCCUAUUGUAUAUAACCUUUUUCUGCCCUGUGUGUGAUGGAAUUUCUGAGAUGAUUGAUUCAUAUGGGGGAAAUAAACAAUAAAUGAAUGUUUGUUAUGAGGUGUUUCAAGAGUCCUUGUGUUCUCAGCUUCUUGCAGAGAAAUUCUAGUGUAGCUUUUCUCUGAAAGGACUCGAGUGUUUCCCUUCUGAAUGAGAUUUAGGUAUGAAUUUCUGUACAAGAAGUCUCUUGUUCCCUUUGCUGCUCUGUUUGUCACCCCUUGCCCUUUCCUUUAUGACCAAAAGUGGUGCAAAUGUAGAUGCUCAGAGUGGCAGGAGCAUCAUGACUUGGGAAGUGUUCUUCCUACCCUCCCAAAUCCGAUGCAGGGAAGGCUGUGCUGGGCCAGCUGCUGCAGCCAGCAGAGCCUGGCUCUGAGCCCUUCCUGGCAGGAGCAGCCACAGGUUGGUUUCAGCCAGUCCAACGAGGGACAUUAGAAAGCCAGGAGACAAGGCACAGAAGUGGUGGCUGGAGGGUCCUGCUCUGUGUUUGCCACAAAGGUGUUGAAGGGCUCAGUUUAUGGAUUGGUUUCUGAAAGGCUGUGAGGAGGAUUUCCCUCAGGGAAUCCCACAGGAUUUAAUGCCCUGUGGUAGCAGUGUCUCAUUGGUUGUGCAAGGGGAUCUCUUCCAUGGCCUUGUACUUUUCAUUGGAAGCUUUUCCCACUUUUUGUUUUCCAAGUUGUUCCUUGGAAGAAUGGUUUUGGCAUCUCUGUGCACUUUUGGGAUACAAUUUGUGAUUCUGUUCUGCAGCAGGCAUUGCACCCAGGAUGUUUGCUAAUAAUGGAUGUGGUCUCGUGCACUGUGUGGAUUGUAGGGAUGCUGACACCUGGGCAAUGCCCACUGGGAAUGCUGCUGGUCCAGGUGCUGUGCAUAGAAAUGCACUCUUGGAUUGUGGUCGGUGCAGGACUGGGGCAAAGCAGGGAGCGUUAAUUUUGGGGGUGGGAUGGAGAUGGGGUUGAACAUGCCAGCAGGGGGGCCAUUCAAAAGCCAGGCAGGAUGUGGGGCUGUAGCAAGUGUUGGCUGCCCAGCUUGGCUUUCUGCCCAGGGUAGUGGCCCCCCCGGGCUAACACAGCCAAAAAUAUUUUUCCGAUAAUACUAAAGAAAUACAUUGUCAUUUCUUUAAUUAUCGAGUAUUUAUUGCCCAAACCUAAUUUUGCAAUCCUGUUUGAUUUGAGAUUUUUUUUAUUGAUUAUAGAUGAACUUGUGUUCUGCCUUUGGCUUGGCUUAUCCUUUCAAAAACAAAUGUCAUUUUUGGCAAAUCACCUGAGUUAAAGUCAGUUGCACUUUCUCAGCCCUGUGCUGCUCUCCAAACACUAAAAUAGCCCCUUGGCAGCUUGUGCUUUCUUUACAUUAAUUGCAGUUUCAGCAACCCCUGUCACAAAAAACCAACUCUGUUCCUUGGCUAUCAUCAACCUUUCUGAAUGUGUUUCCAUAACCUUUGUGUUCCUGAAACUUGUGCAUGCUGCAGGAGCAGCGUGCACUCACUGCUGCUUUGUGAUGUCUUCAGUCAAGGUGUGGGGUUCCCAGAAUUCCUGCUGGGUUUUCCUCCUCUCCUGCUCAGUAUUGUUGAGGUUUUUUUUGGGGUCUAGCCCUUCAUGUUGCAGCAUUAAGGUCAUGUUUUACACUGUCAGAGGCAUCUGCAAAACUUGUGGAUUGUUUAGUGAAAUCUUGAUUUUACUGCUGGCCAGUUCCCAGUUCCAUAUGAAGAAAUACUUGUAAAUGGAAAAAAGAGUUCAGAUUUAUUUUUUUUUCAGUUUGCAUCUGUUUUUCACUUGUUCCAUGUGGGGUUUUCCCAGAUGCCUGCUGUACCUUUUCACUUGGAAGGUGUGGUAAAUUCAAGUCUGUGUUUAAAUUUUCAUUUGAAAGAAUCAGAAAAUCCUGUCAUCUUAACAACGGUAAAGGAGCAAUUACUUAGACAAUGUAGUGUCUUGGGAGAAGUUGGAAUCUUUUGGACCAGGGAGGUUGUGGGCAAAAGGUAGCUGGGCUGCAGCCCAGGAUAUGGCAGGCAGGUCAGAACUUGGGGGGCAUUAGGGCUGUAAAUCUUGCAGUCAAUGCACAAAAUAUUUUCUAAGAUUUUUGUCCCACACAGCUGGGAGAAAUGAGCCUUUUAUUUUGAUUAUAUUCAGUGCUCAGUGGAAUAGUAAGCUGAGUGAGGGUAGUAGAUUAGAAUAAACAGUCUGGCUGAGGUAGAAGGGGAAGAGAAAUCUGCAGAUCACAGGCACAGCAUUUAUUUUAGCACCCUAAACCUGUCUCUUGACAGCCAGUGGGUUUUCUGUGAUGAUUAUUAAACAAGAGGCAAAAGGUUGAUUGUAUUUCUGUAGCCAGUGGAGGAGAAGAAUCACUCCAGACAGAGGCAUUACUUCCCCCUGCUGUUAUUUUGUGUAAGGGCAAGAGUUGCCCUGGAAAACUGAAAAUCCCACACUACAAUUUGGUAGCUGGCACAGCACAGUUCAGACACAGUCUCGGUGCAUCCCUGUUCCUCUCCAGUGACUCCUUGGCACUGUGUGAGUGGGACAGACCAUACACCACAAGAGUGCAAUGACUGAUGGCAACUGGAAAAUGGCAAACUUGCUUGCAAGAAUAUUGGUAAAGAAAUAAAUGUGGAAUGUUUUUUUUUUAAUAUUUUUUUAAAAAUUAAUUCUCCUAAUAAAUCCAGCAGUAAGCAUGGGAAAAUGGGACACAAGAGCUUACAUCCUUUAAAACACAAAAGUACGUUUAAAGGUGAGGAAGUAGAAAAUUCUAUUAUAAAACUAAAAAUAUGUGAAAUGAAAUUAAACCUCUGGUUUUAUUUCCAGUGAUAGUAGAAGUUCAGGUUUGGGAAACUAGGUUAGGUGGAAGGAAGCUGCCCAGCUCUUGUGUUUUGGAUUAGGGUGGGCAGCAAAAUGUGCUGUUACUGUUGUGAUUGAGAUUCUGCUAAACAGAAAUCUAAUAAGGGAUUACCUCUUUUCACAGAAAAUUUUAGGACAUAGAGUUGCAGUGUAGCAAUCAAAUGUGAAAGAAAAUUUUGCAGCUGACAGGUAGUCAGAGCAACAGUGCUGCAGGAAUUUGCUCUCAUGAGAAAAAAUCAUCUGGAGAUUAUUUUUCACCAUCGAGGUGAACAAAUAAUCUCCUUGAUUUGUUCAUCAAAUUAGGAAUUCUUGAAAUUGAUGGUUUGUACCUUGUCAGUGAUGUGUUGUUUUGAUUUUUUUUUUUAAGGUUGUGUCUCUUUGACUGAGAUGAUUUCAUACCACAUUCAUUCACCAUCUGAUGGGCAGAAGCCUUUUCUUACAUGAAUUCUUUCAGGAAUCAGCUGUACUCGGAAGGAAAUGUAAAGAAUCUGUGAAUCAUAGAGAUGAGUUGGGCUGCUACAGCGCUCCAAUGUCAAUUUGCUUUUCUCAUCCCAUUAACUAAUAAUUUACCUGUGAAAUUCUUGUUGCAGAGGCCCUGCUCCAGGAGUUCUCCUGUCUGGACUGGUAAAGAGCCUCCCUGAGUUUCCAUCACCGCUCAAAAUGCGCAAGUCACAGAAUUGAAUUUCUUGCUACCUUUUUUCAUUUAAUGCCUGAGCUGGGGCCUUUGGACAAAGCAGCUGCACGUUCUGGCCAUGGUACCUGAGGGCUCCCUGAGUGGCUCCUUCUCAGCUGCUAGGCAGGGAGCAGGGGUUAGGUGAUAUUCCUUGCCAGAAAGCCUCUCUGUGCAAGGUAAUUCUCUGCUUGUCUGAAAGGCAGGGAAAGGACAGGCACUGAUGUCUUCUCUCCCUUCCUUCCCUUGUAGAUCAACAGGAACAGCUUCAAAUCCCAAUUCUUACCACUGCCUCUGCAAGCUGAGAGUAAGAAGUCCUCCCUCCAGAGAAAUGGCAGGUAAGGCUAGAGCUGCUGGGAGAGGCUGAGCAGAGGGGAGCCUUGUCUGCACAAGGGGUGUGAGGUGAGAGCUGCUGGGACAGGGAGCUCACCCUGAGUGAGGUAAUUCCUGACUCCAGACUCAGCUGAUCGUACAGCUGAGCUGUCACAGCCAAGUGAAUCCAGGGGAGGAUGGAAAAACCAAAAUUGCAGAAGUGAAGCCAAAGCUGUUGAUUUAUUAUAAUUUUCAAUUUUAAUAAUCCAAUGUUUUCUGUGACUGUACAUUGAGGUAUCUCUUCAAAUAAUUAAAUGUGUGCAAAGACAUCAAGUUCUGCCCAUAAUAAUUUCAAUGUUAGUGACAGCAGCAUUGGAAGGAAGGGAAGCUCAUAAAGGAGGGUACCUAAGGUUUAACUUUUCCAAGCAGCUUCCAUGUUCCAUUAGAGCUGUUGUUUGCCUGGGGCUUGAUGAAGAAAGGCAGAAAGAAGAGGAAUCAAAUAAGUCCAACAAAGGGAUACAGAAAUCAGUUUGGGUAAAUACAGAACUGUAAAAAAAACAGGGGAGAGUCUUUGGAAGAGAAGCUGCUGGAGUUUCCCAUGUCUCUUUUCCUGAGGUCUGCACCUUAGGGGUCAGAAUUUGAGUAAAUACCACCCCCAGCCCCAUGGAUGAGGAGGUAUUGUUGGCUCACCUAGGCUUAGGAGCAGGUGUGGACAGUUUCUUGUACUGCCAGGUGUCCCCUUCCUUGGCUGUAGGGAAUCUCUGGAUUAAUCUGUGCCCAAGUGUGUGAAACAGAACUUGGCUCACCAGGGUACACUGUAGGUGGAUUAUCAGCAAUAGCUCAUGGUCAGGAGGGGAGUACUGUCUCUCCCAGGCAGGCUGACUUUGUUUCAUCCUCCAGGUGCCAUCAGGGGUUUAUUUAUGGUAUUUCUGCAAAGGCUCUGCUGUGUAGUGCUAAUCUUUCCUUUCUCUUUUUUGAGAUGCAGUCUUGAGCAUUUCACCAGGACUUGACGCUGUGAUCAUUAUUGGUUUUAAAAGCUUAGGAACUACAGACAUUGCCAUCUUGUUAAGCAGACAAACCAUUUCAGUUCAGGUCCAACAAAUGCCAGCUCUUACAGAUAAGAAGCACUGUGGUAGGGCAACUGAUUAGAUUUUGCUUGGCUUAACUGGGAAAGGAAAGUUUUAAUCCAGGUUAUCCUCACUAAUAGUCUCAGACCACAGUAUAGAGGUUCCUCAGUUCUGCACUGUGCUUUGCUAAAAUAUCACAAAUUUCUAGAGAGGAAUGAAAUGUUCUCCCUGCAGAUGCCAGGAUGCUUUUCCCAGCUUCUCAGCCACGUUGCACUGGGAGAGACAAGCCCCGAAGCAGUUGAUACCGAGCUGAUUUCUCUCACAUCAACUCACCUGUUCCUGCAAAUGUCAUGAUCCUACUAAAAAAGCUAGAGGGCUUUUUAAGAGAAAUAUUUUCUAUUGGCUUUGAGCUCAGGUUGGUUUGCAUAAGAAAUUACUUCAAGGCCCUGACUGAACCUAAAGGGUUCCUCUUCUUCAAAAGGGAGCUACAUAAAUCAAGAUUCUGUCUACUCCCUGGCUGAUUUUCUUCCUCCUCUUCUUGCCUCAGCAAAACAUGUGUUCUCCAGUUUAUCUAAAGGACAAAAAUUACAUUUUCAUUCAGUUGUACAGACCAACACGGCAGUGCUCUGCGUCUUCCCCUGACCACCAGGAAAGAAGAAGGAUUUCUGGCACCCCAUUAGGAACACCCAGAGUCGUGAUGUUCCCAAUGCUUCAUACAGCAGUGGUUUCAUUUGUUGCUUUUCUGGCACACACUCCUUCUCUGUUGGCUGGCUCAGCAGCAUUUAGCAAUUGUUCCUUGCUUACGUGGAAUUAGUUCUUGGAUUAGAAUUCAGUCUCUCUGUGCAGUUAAUUUGUUGAACUAUGUGGUAAAAGAAAUGUUAUUUUGCCCUUAAUCAUUGUUAACAGAAACAUAACCAUGACCAAACUCUCUUGGAUAUACAUACAUUUUUCAAUAUAACGUACAACAAAAGGCAUUGUAUUAAAAAUUUCUAUUGAGUGUCAAUGGUUUUAGUUACAACCUAUAAAAUUACACUUAAUGAAUCCCAUAAUGUUUCACUCACCAGUGUCUCUUACAAAUGCUGAACUGGGAGCUGCCAAAGGAGUAUUGCACUGACUCUCAUAAUAAUAAUAAAAGGGUUCAUUACAAUCAUUCCACAUAAUCCUCCAUAACUUGCUGUUUCCAAGUUUUGUGAUGCUUUGAUGCUUAUUUGGCUACAAAAUGAAAGCCUUGUCUCCAGAUAAUGAAGGAAGGGAAGGUUGUCAUAGACCAUUUGAAGUCUGAGAAUAUUUGAUUCUUUCAUUGUUUACAGCUAGACUUGAGAAGGAUCAAAAAGAUUUUUGGAGGACGAGCUUAGUGUAAAGGCUUCUUUUUGACUUGUAGCAGAGGCAGUGACCAUAAAGGAGGUAUUAUCUUUAGGAAUAAAUUACACUGUAAUUAAAGCAAACUACAGAUUGUUUCAUACAAGAGGGACAGGGAGUGGAGAGCUUUUUCAAUAUGGAAAAAAACUUCUGUAUGUACAAGCCAGAAAGCUUGAUUUCAUCUAAAACCAAAGUUCUCUCUUUACUGAAAACUUCAGUUUAUUCUUACUCUUUUACACCUGUUCUGGAAAUCCGCAGACACCCAGAUUGCCACUAAUGACUGCACCUGAUUUCCUUCAGGAAGCUGUACCUAAUUAUCCAAAUGGGGCACUAAGACACAGCAGAGUAAAACAGAUUGAAAAUAUUUUCAGCUUAGUUCUCCAUUUGAAUUAACUCCAUUGGAAUGACAUGCUCUUAGGAUCUGAAGUGAAUGUUUUAGUGUAUAGAAAUGGAGAAUUCCCCUAAAAGGUCUUCUAAUAAUCCUUACUAUAUUUUGUUGUUUUCAAAGGCACAUCAACACAAAGCAGCAGGAUAUACAAGCAGCUAAGCCCAGAAUGUCCACUGUUGAGAAAAGGGCAUUUGGAUCCCACAUGGAAGAACCCAAGAGAGAGUAGCAGACUAGGAAUGAUUCUGCUUGCUUCUAUUUACAGAGGAUCCUGCUGCUAAGGGAAAUUGAUAUUGGUACUGACACCUUCACAAAAUGCUACCAAGGGUGAAAAUGAACCAUCAACAUCACAGCUGUGGGAAGGUGUAAGUAGCACUGGCUGCCAGGUUGAUAUGUAAAUGUGUGCAUUCCUGUAUCACCGUGAUGCAAAAUGUUUGAAGGAAAAAGUGUUAUUGCUCCUGAGAAUAUCCUUCUCAACCUCUUUACACAAGUAAUAAAAAUACUGCAAAACUCUGCUGGCCCAUUUCCUGGAAAUGCCAAUUUCUGUUCUUUGCUAGAGGUAGGCAAGAGAGCUUCUGACAAAUAUCUAAGUACAACAUGUUCAGCAGAGAAUUUCACCUGCCUCUGACUUGCAGGCUGAGAAGUACAAAUCAUGUGUGACAUGUCUAGGAAGGAGGAAAUCAACCAUCAGUCAUCAGCUGAUAAAGCCACAGAACAAGAUGUUUACUCCCAUUUUGGUUUCUUUGGUUACUGGUUUCUUUUUUUUUUAUUAAGUAGGAGAGUUACUACUUUUGUAACAAUAAUGUUUGCUUAAUAAACCAAUUUGCUUCUUAGCUGCACAUUUUUCUCUAAUAAAGACAUUUAUAUUAUUGAAUUUUUAUUUCCUUUUCUAAAAACUGACAUUGCCCUUUAAAUAUGAGGUUAUAUACCAAGAUACUUACCUUCAGCUGUUUUGCAGACAUGUGAUGUUUAGCAGAACAACUUGUUUCAGCUAGAACAAAUAAGGGUUAUCCAUUUUACCAGGGUCCUGUUGUUACGAUCUGUGUUGUUCUUCUCCUGUAUCAAAGUGCUCCUUCAAAUCAUUUGCAUCUGGCAGCUAUUUUUUCCAUACAUCAGCUGUGUUAAACAUAGGUUGAAGUCCAUGACUGAAGCUACAAGAUAGUGGCUUAUGCCACAUUUCACAAAAAUCUUUCACAUACUGCCAUGGCUAAAGACAAUACUUACACCAAAGUUCCUCCUGAAAGGAAAAAAAAAAAAUUUACAUAUGAUGUCUAAGUAUGUGAGGCAGAUGCCUGUAUCUUUAACUUUCCAAAACAGAGAAGCCCCUAAUGGGACACCCAGCCUUUCCAAAAUGCAGGCUGCACAAACCCUUCUGGGUUAACAGGAAUUGACGGUAAUUCUGGCAGCCAACACUGCCCUCCAGUGUGAGUUGUGUUAACUUCCUUCUGCAGCGGCUUCCUUCGUCAGGGUUAAUAAAUGGAUUCAGUGUGCAUUGCUGAACGUGUCAUCCCAUGACUUCAUUUAACUUUAUCUUAAGAUAAAUAUUGGUUUUUUUUUCAUAAAAUAUUUUUAAGAGCUAUUGGUUAUCAGCUGUUUCUCUCCUUUCUAUGUACUACUGCAAAAAUAAAAAGGAAUGUGGAAACACAUUAUUAUUGGAUCUAUAA